UCUUUGCCCCUUGGUCCACAAAGUCGUCAUUCCUGUCGCACCCUCGAGGUUGUCGAGUAUUCUUUCCUUGUCGACAGAUCACCUUCACUACCAUCCGUCAUGGAUUCUCAUAACGUCGAGAAGAAUACCGACUACAACAUCGGCUCGUCGGGCUCGGAAUCACCAGAGCAUUUCCACCCUGCCCAACAUGACGCUUAUGAUGGCCCAACCGAAGCUGGCAAGAUCGAGGCUCGUCGAGGCUCCAAGAUCAAUGAAGCUACCGACAUGUACGGUGAUGUCGCCACGGCCGAAGAAUACGGUUAUGUCUCUCGAGGUCUGAAGUCCCGUCACAUCCAGUUCAUCGCCCUUGGUGGUACCAUCGGUACGGGUCUGUUCUUGGGUAUCGGUCGUGCCUUCACUCAAGCUGGUCCUCUCUCCGUCCUGCUCGGUUACACCUUCACUGGUCUCGCGGUCUUCGCCAUGAUGAUGUCUCUUGGUGAGAUGGCCACUUGGCUACCUCUACCCGGUGCCAUUCCACAAUUCUGUGCUCGAUAUGUCGAUGAAGCUAUGGGCUUCGCUGUCGGUUGGAACAAUUGGUAUUCCUGCGCCAUCACUCUCUGCGCCGAAAUCUCAGCAGCAUCAAGUGUCAUCCAAUAUUGGCAUGGAGCUCUGCACAUCAAUGUUGCCGCCUGGAUCUCGAUCAUACUGAUAUUGAUCAUCUGCCUGAACAUCUUCGCUGUGUCCAUUUACGGUGAGGCCGAGUUCAUCUUCGCCUCCAUCAAGAUCGUCACAAUCCUUGGUCUGCUCAUCCUGGCUCUCAUCAUCGAUUUGGGUGGUGUUUCGGGUCAACAUCGUCUUGGAUUCCAGUACUGGCGUAACCCUGGUGCCAUGAAGCCGUACAUUGCUGGUGGCUCAGAGGGUCGCUUCCUCGGUCUCUGGUCGACCUUGGUCAACGCGGCGUUCUCAUACGGCGGUGUCGAGAUGGUUGCUGUUGCUGCCGGUGAAGCCGAGGACCCGCGUCGCAACAUACCCAAGGCCGUCAAGCGCGUCUUCUGGCGUAUCCUCUUCUUUUACGUCUUGGGAUCCUUGGCCAUCGGUGUCUUGGUGCCAUACAACGACCCCCACUUGCUGAGUGCCAUCAAGACUGGUGCCCCUGGUGCCGCUGCAUCUCCCUGGGUGAUUGCCAUUUCUCGCGCUGGUAUCAAGGUCCUCCCCUCCAUCAUCAACGCCGUCAUUUUGACCUCCGCUUCUUCUUCCGCCAACGCUUUCCUGUACACUGGCUCUCGAUAUCUGUACGCUAUCGCACAGAACCGACAAGCACCAAGGUUCUUCCUCAAGUGCACAAAGGCUGGUGUUCCCGUCUACUGUGUUCUGUUCACCUGGGCGAUUGGAUUCUUGACCUACAUGUCCUGCUCAUCUGGCUCCAACACGGUCUUUACCUGGUUUCAGAAUUUGACCACCAUCUCGACCUUGUUCACGUGGGUCAGCAUCAACAUUGCUUACGUCAGAUUCCAUGCCGCUUGCAAGGCUCAGGGUAUCGCUCGCAGUGAUCUGCCUUUCCGAUCUCCUUUCCAACCUUACCUUGGCUGGGCUGCGAUGGUCUUCUUCAGCCUGAUCAUCUUUUUCAACGGUUUCGACUCGAUUGCAGGAGGCUUCGCCUACCAGUCAUUCAUCACCGACUACAUCGGUGUACCCAUCUAUUUCGGCUUGUACCUGUUCUGGAGAAUCUUCAAGCGUACUCACUUCAUCAACUCGCGUGACGCGGACUUGUACACUGGAAAGGCUGCUCUUGAUGCCGUUGUCUGGCCAGAGCGCCAUCCUCGCAACAUGCUGGAGAGAAUCUGGUUCUGGGUUGCAUAGAUGGUGGUUUGAGCAUGAGUUGUAGAUGGUCUGUUUUGUUGACAAAAGAAUUACAUACCCCAGCGUGCGUCGGUGUCUCUUUUCUUCUUCCAUGUACGUUGCAUGAACGCAAUAGGAAAGCCACAGGUAUGC